AUGGCCGUCCGAUUAUCCGAAAGAGAUGCCUCAUCCGGCCAUAUCAAAGACGCGGAUGAGGCCGUCCGGAUUGGCAGCAUCGAGAAAGGCCAGCGGAAUCCCUUCCUUGAUAUCGAGUUGCUCGUCAAAACGGCUCUGUCGGUCGGUGCGGACUCCAUUCAUCCAGGAUACGGCUACCUGAGCGAGAACGCCGAGUUUGCGACUCGUGUGCGAGAUGCUGGCCUGAUCUUCAUCGGACCCAGUGCCAGCGCCAUGUCGACGUUGGGCGACAAACGGACAGCGAAGGACUACCUGCGAGAGCAUGCGCAGGAUGUACCUCUCAUCCCCGGAUACUCGGGAUCCAGCCAAGAUGCGACAGAGCUAGCGAAGGUUGCAGCCGAGAUUGGAUUUCCGGUGAUGCUGAAGGCCUCGGCAGGGGGUGGAGGUAAAGGCAUGCGCAUUAUCCGCGAGGAGAAACAAUUGCAGUCUGAGCUGCAGCGAGCGCAGUCUGAGGCGCAGCGAUCCUUCGGGUCGGCGGAUUGUAUCCUAGAAAAGUACAUCGAGAGCAGCAAGCACGUCGAGAUCCAGAUCAUGGGCGAUAGUAACGGAGAGGUGGUCUCAUUCUUUGACCGGGACUGCUCGGUGCAGCGACGACAUCAGAAGGUAAUUGAGGAGACUCCCUGUCCCUUUCUCACGCCAGAGACACGGCAGAAAAUGAGUGCCACGGCCGUGCGGAUUGCGAAACUGAUCGGGUAUGAGAAUGCGGGGACGGUGGAGUUUGUUGUUGAUGUACAGACUGGCAAGUUCUACUUUCUCGAAGUCAAUGCACGGCUGCAGGUUGAGCAUCCCAUCACUGAAGAAGUGACGGGGGUCGAUCUGGUCUCUCUGCAGUUAUAUGUUGCCGCAGGAGGGAGCCUGGCUGCUCUGCCCGUUGCCCAGAAUGUCACUCAACAGGGCCACGCCAUUGAAUGCCGCCUCUGUGCCGAGGACCCUCGACGCAAUUUCUUCCCGGAACACGGCAAAAUUCAUCUCUGGCUGCCGGCAUCUGGCGUGUUAGGGCCCGGCCGAGACGUGCGCUACGAGACUGCGGUCCAAACAGGCUCCUCCGUGUCCAUAUACUUCGACUCUAUGAUCGCCAAGCUCGUCGUCUGGGCUCCCACACGGGCGUUGGCUAUUGAGAAGAUGGCCCAAGUUCUUUCUCAUACCAUCUGUGCCGGUGUGAAGACGAACCAGCUGCUUCUGCGCAGCGCGCUGUUACAUCCCGCCUUCCAGGAUCCAGCGUACACUACCGGAUUUCUGCCUUCCUACCUGGACGAGCUGUUGCGAGAACCCUCUCACCCGGAUAUGGCUGAAAUCCGGGCGUCUCUGUCGAUUCUUCCGGGCCUGGUAUUGUGCCGACUUGCAGGUCUCAAUUCCGAUGUCUCCAAUCCGCGGCCAUUCCGUAAUAUUCGUCGACAGUUUCGGAACCAGCGAUUCGACCCAGUCAGCGCUCACUGCGAGAUUGUUUCCGUGGUCGACUGGCCUUACACAGUGGCGGACGGAGUGGAUGCAUCAGCGCCGCUUAUGUGCGUAUGGCAACCAGAGGCAGCAGGCACUGCAUCUACCGCUACAGAACAAGUCUAUCUUCUCCCUGUCCCUGAAGCCAAGGUCUCCAAGGACGAUACUACUCCUGGAGCCAGCGCCCAGUACAAUGAAAUUAGCAAAUCACUUCGGACCGGAAAGGUCGUACCCCCUGGCAGUCCGUACACCGUCAGAGUCGAGUCGUGGACACCAGCGGAAGCAAACUUUGCAACAAGGGAGUCCUGGCUGACGAGCACAAUGGAAGUAUCGAUCAACGGGUCUAGAAUCCGGGCACACCUGGCAGUACCCUCUCGCCGCACUGACAUGCUAUCCGCCUCCGUUAAUCGCACACAGACAGUGCUUUGCCAUGUUCCUGCGAUCGGUACAUACGUCGAGUUCAAACGGGACACGUUGUUAUCAUUCAUGGAAGGGCUUCGUGCGGCGGUAAAGCAGGACGACGACCAGGAGCAGCGGAAUGUGACUGCGCCGAUGCCAUGUAAAGUGCUUUCGGUCUUGAAGAAGAAUGGGGAUGUGGUAAAGUCUGGGGCCAGCGUCAUGGUCAUCGAGAGUAUGAAGAUGGAGGUUACUAUCACGGUGUCGGCGGACGGCCAGUUCCAUUCUACUUGGAAGGAGGGUGACGCUGUCGAGGAGGGGAAGAUUCUUUGUUCUAUCCAUUAG